AUGACUGAGUUUGAGCACAGAGACAAGGUAGUGGCAGCGAGGAGUGCAAGAACUGGUAGAAGGAUGGGAUAUAGACAGAUGCGAGAAGAAUUAGAAAACGAAAAGAGAAUGCAGGAGACGGCAAGGGAAGAGGAGAGUGUGGCACGGAGUGCAAGAACUGGUAGAAGGAUGGGAUAUAGACAGAUGCGAAAAGAAUUAGAAAAAGAAAAGAGAAUGCAGGAGACGGUAAGGGAAGAGGAGAGUGUGGCACAUGAUCACACAGAGACCGCCAGAGCAGAUCAUAUAGAUUAUGCAAAUUAUGUGAAUUAUAUUGAAAGAGGUUUACCAGACGCUGAAUCAGGCGAGACACGAAGGCGUUUAAGGUCGUCUAGGAUUCGUAAUGACGGGGAAUUUUCACCCUUACAGUCUGCAUCUCUCCGCCGCUACACCCUCAACACCUUAAUGAGCGUUCUUUCACUAAGCACCUAUCGCAACGAAAAGGGAUCAUUACGUAUUCCGAGUACACCAGCAUCUUUAGGAGGUGACAGUCUUGGCUUGAGGGCGGGAGCAGGGCGGGAGCGGCAGGGGCAGGAGCAGGGGCGGGAGCGGGCAGGGGCGGAGCAGGGGCGGGAGCGGGCAGGGGCGGGAGCAGGGGCGGGAGCAGGGUGGGAGCGGGCAGGGGCGGGAGCAGGGGCGGGAGCAGGGGCGGGAGCGGGCAGGUGGCGGGAGCAGGGGCGGGAGCGGGCAGGGAUGGGAGCAGGGGCGGGAGCAGGGGAGCAGGGGCGGGAGCAGGGGUGGGAGCAGGGGGCGGGAGGCAGGGGCGGGAGCGGGGCAGGGGCGAGAGCAGGGGCGAGAGCAGGGGCGGGAGCAGGGGCUGGAGCAGGGGCUGGAGCAGGGGCUAGAGCAGGGGCGGAGCAGGGGCGGGAGCAGGGGCGGGAGCAGGGGCGGGAGCAGGGACUGGAGCAGGGGCGGGAGCGGGCAGAAGAUGCACAGGCAACAGCAGGUUCUGGUACAAUGCAAGUUGGUCCCGAAGGAUGA